AGAAAAUAUGAGCGUUUGUUGUACGCUGAUCCGAACAAAGAGUGUGGUGUCAUGGCGAAUGUAUUGGAGCUACUGGAACUCUCUUGUUUGUGGCUGGAACAGCAGGGGCUUAUUCAGGGGGGCAUCAUACAACACAGGGGAACUGAGUACAGCAAAGGUAAACAAGGUCUUUAAUCAGUGAGCGGGCGUUUGAAACUAGAGGACAGUCGAGAAAAUGCCAGAUGUGGGUGGAGAGCGCUUGCAGUUUGUAUAGGAGGUUAUAAGUAGAGGAGUGAACCGUGCCGGGAAUACGGAGCAGAGCUCAGCUGUUGCAUGGGUCUCGUCUGACUCCAUUUGUUACGGCUCAUCUUCCAGUUCUUCUCAUCGACUGCUCUCCUCGUUGCAUUUGUCUGGUCCCUCUCUGCAGAGCCAUGCACCCCCAGCGUCCUCUUCCCCAGGCCAUGCCUUCCGCCUCUCUGGGACAGCACCUGCGGGACAUGGCCAUGGGCCUGGGACGAGGCAAGAACUUCCUGGGAGGAAACUUUGCCUACAGUUUUAUCCAGUCGGUUAAGGAAUGCCUCUAUUUCCUCCUCUGCUGCUGGUGCAUCAAAGAGAUCCUGGACUGACAGACUGAGAGAAAAGGGUAUAUCAAGUGGUAGAGCACAGAUUUUUCCUUGUUUCUCCACUGGGUCCUAUAGUGUAAUUUCAACCAGCUUUUAUUUCAUCAGAAAUGGGAGUGUUAUAUGGUAAAGCCUUGGCAGGUAUGACUUGAUUUGAAUGACUGUUAUGUAUAAACUAAAUGCUUUAAUUUAUAGUGUUUAAUAAAUCUAUCAAUAAUAAUAUCAAAAUCAUAAAACCACUCAACCCCUUAACAUUUUUUUGCUUUUUGUUUUUCGGUGUCUCUAUAGGAAGGGAGGUCUUUUGGGGUUCGAGGAAGCUUGCCAGCAGGUUUCAAGAUGAUACAGACUUUAUAUCUGGACUGGGUUAGAGUUUUCUGAAUUGUACCCUGAUGAUCUGAGAUUCCCAGAACUGUGGCUCACCUGAUGUUCACUGUACAACACAAAGUGGUGUACAGUGCCAGAAUGA